UCUACAUCUACAUGGCUUCGUAUUGGAUAGUCCACAGUGAUUAUUGGCGAAAUUUUCCCCAUCCGAAUUACGCUGCUUCUCCAUUCUCCUCUUAAAGCCCUAACUUCUCUCCUCCCCCCAACAAAAACAACAGUUUGCAGUUGUGUUACCUCCUCUAGUCGGCGCCUCCUCUGCCAACCACCUCUCUUUCUGCUCUCGAACUUUCACACCACUAGAAAAAGCCUGGAAAACCCAGAUUUAUGAACCGAUUCGCAAUGAGAUGAAGAUUGACAUCCGCAUGAAUCUUGUUGCAAAGCGAGUUGAACUUAAGACUAUGAGGGACACUCCCGACAUAAGCAACCUUUACAAGUGUUCUUCCUAUGUGCAGGCUUUCAUGUUGUGCUUUGAGGCUGAGCAAGUAAGAGAGGCCUUUUUCAGGUAUGAUAAUUUGGAUAUGUCUUCACUUGAUAUGCAAGAUGUGAAGCGCACACUCAAGGGGGAUCACUUGACUCGUGCUAUUGGAAGGAUAUGUGGGAAAGGUGGGAAGAUCAAAUUCAUGAUUGAGAACGCUACUAAAACUAGGAUUGUGGUUGCUGGUAACAAGAUUCACUUUGUUGGUACACAUGAUGCCAUCAAAAUUGCAAAGGACUCUGUUUGCCGCCUUAUUAUGGGUUCCCCUGCCGCCAAAAUAGCUUCUAGGCUUAGAACCAUUACAGCUCGGGCAUCUGAACGAUUCUAAAACCAAGAUUCUAAAUUGAAUUAAGGGUAGGAGGUAGAUGACUAGAUGGGUUGCCAGAUUGAUUCAAUCAGUUGGUAACUUCUGUUCGGUUGAUGUGGGUUAAAGAUAGGUGAUUCGGUUGGGUUCUUUCUUUUAGAUCUGGGUUUUUUCCGUUGCUUUUGUUCUUGUUAUGGUUUUGAGGUGGGCAUUGUAGAAUGUUCAUCAUAGAAAAUUAGAAAUGAAACAACUUUCACAUGUAAAUGGUGAAUUUAGCUUUCUU